GUUCCGCUCUUUCCAAACCCAGUGAGCGGGUUGGAGUGAGAUUUCGAUUGUUGCGCCACUCUUCUCUGUAUUUUCACACCGGCGAUCCAUGGCCGGAAAAUGGCUCCCGGCGGCCGAGCUCACCGCAAGCGGACGCCCAGUUCUCUGCCCCGGAGAAAUCGAGAGCUCCCUCCUCUCCUCCGUCGACCUUCAUUCUGAAGAAAACCCCAAUUUCCCCAACUUCAAGUCCGGCAUUCUCAUCCUCACCACCCACCGCCUCCUUUGGAUCUCUGACUCCGCCCCUGGCAUUGCCACCGCGGUGGCCGUUCCUCUUGCUGUCAUUAACCACAUCUUCCCCCUCAAGAAGUCCAUCAAGUCUAUGUUCGCCUCCCCAAGGAUUCGCUUCCAGGUCUCCGCGACCCCGGACGGCAAAGUGGAUGCCGGUGGAUCAAAUCUGGCCGUGAUCACGCUAGUGCUGAGAGGGAAGGGCGAUCACGAAGCUUUCGUGAGCAAGUUGUGGGAGGCGUGGAGGGCUCGGGCUUGGGAAAGCGAGACUCCGAAAUCGGGUUCGAGUUCGGGCACCGGAGCGUCUGGUUCGAGGGAGGUCGAGUCCGGGUGGUCUAGUAAUGGACUGCGGUUGGCGGGGGUUUCGGGGAUACUGAGGAAGGAGCAGGAGAUGUGGGAGAGCACAGAUAAGAGCUUGCAGGAGGCUUUUCAAGAUUUGAAUGCUCUCAUGAGUAAGGCUAAAGAGAUGGUGAUGCUAGCUGAGAAAAUGAGGCAGAAACUUUUAUCUGGUCCAACAACUCAACCUGGGGCAAAUGAUGAGGAAAUGGGUUCCAAACAAGAGAUGCAAGAUUGGAUGUUGAGUGUUGGUAUUGCAUCCCCAGUGACAAAAGAGUCUGCUGGUGCUCUGUACCACCAACAACUUUCCCGCCAGUUGGCAGAUUUUGUCAAAAUUCCACUUGAGAAAGCUGGAGGAAUGAUUAAUCUUAUAGACAUCUAUUGCCUUUUCAAUCGCGCCCGUGGCACAGAAUUAAUAUCGCCAGAGGAUUUAUUACAAGCGUGCUCUAUUUGGGAGAAGUUUGAUGUUCCAGUGAUGCUUCGGAAGUUUGAUAGCGGAGUCAUGGUCAUCCAAAACAAGUCUCACACGGAUGAAGAGGUGUUUGCUAGGAUCAAGUCCCUUGCCCUCAAGCCUGAUGCCCUCAAAACUGGGUUGAGUGCAAGUGAUGCUGCAAUGACAUUAGGGAUUGCUCCAGCUAUGGCCAAGGAGCAUCUUCUAACUGCUGAGAGUAAAGGUUUUCUAUGCAGAGAUGUAAGCGCAGAUGGAUUUCAAUUUUAUAUUAAUUUCUUUCAUGAAAUUGAUCCAAGUGAUUUAUACUUUGUGAAAGAUUAUGGGAUCUAUGACACCUGGGUUAAGGCUGCCCUUGCUUCUUGAUUCAAGAUUACGGAAUUGCACUGCGAAUUUAGUUCUCAUUGUUGGACCCCAGAAGAAAAGAUUUCAUUCACACUUAGGUGCUGUUAAAGCUGCCACCUGCUUUUAGUCAGAUUCAAUCCUACAUAUAUAUAAUGGAGGAAGGCCAGAGGCAAAAGCACACUGCUCAUUUGUAUGUAUUAGUUGUAUUAUAAACAAUGUUGAGCCAUUUUAUAGAGUUAGAAAAAGGGUGUGGGGUGGGGUGGUGUGGGAGGAAGCCUGCACUGGACACAUGUGACUGGGAAAAGAUGGUAUAUGCAUCCCACAUGGUUAAAUUUUGUUCAAUAAAGAAGCAUUUUGGUGCUUGCACCUUGUCGUGCAACUCUA